AGUUGUUAGGGAAAAUAACGGUCAUUUUGAUUUCAACAGCAGGUAUAGGCGAUAUAAUAAUAAUAAACAUUAAACGGACGCAUUCUUAUACCAGAAAUCGGGAUACUAUUUUGUCCAGACUCCAGAGUCCAAACUCCACCGUAUGAAUUACAGUGAAUACUGAAUUGUGUGUGAUCUACAAGUUGUCAUUAUUAUAUCAUGUUAUAGCAGAAAAAACCCGAGUUUUUUUAUUGCAAUUUUAUUGUUCACCAUAUUCGACGGAAUUCCUCGCUAUUAUUAUUGUUGAAGAUUCCAUUUUUAAAUUUGUUUCCAACCAUCCGACUUCAGUUCCUAUUGUGAUUUGUGUCCACACGCACGUCAACCACACACUAUUCUAUAGCACACAAGGCGAAUUCACAUUCAAACAAGAAUGUCUCAAUUCGCCUUCGUAAACGAUCUCAAAAGUGCUGUAAGGAUGGACGACCCAAUCACCAGUGGGCCGGCUCCCCGUUGGAUGAAGAAAAGCGUUGAAUCAAACUCGAGUUCGGCUAACACGUCCAGGAACAAGUUAUCUACCUCGAGUUCGUUCAGUGCUAACAUGAGAGCGUCUAAGGAAAGCAUGGACUUAAUUUCCAGCAAGAAGACGCCAUCAAAAACACCAAAGAAAUCAAAAUCACCUGCUUCAAGAUCAGCAUCCAACACACCAGCCAAACCCAAAACACCUGGUGGUGACCGGUUCAUUCCUUCCAGAACAUCGACAAAUUUUGACAUCAGUCAUUUUAAAAUGAACCAAGAAAAUGAAAAUUUUGACAUUAGUCCCUCGAAAUCGGACUAUAGAAAAGCCAUGUCUGAAAAUCUCCAUGGCUGUGACAUUAAUAACGUUCGUGUUCUGUCCUAUCAAAACAAAGCUCCAGCUCCCCCUGAAGGCUAUCAAAACGCUUUGAAAGUAGUCUAUAGCCAAUCCAAGACUCCAAUGAACGUACGAGGAACUACUCGUUACAUACCUCAUGCGCCAGACCGUAUAUUGGACGCUCCUGAAAUAGUUGACGAUUAUUAUUUAAAUUUAAUUGACUGGAGCUUCUCUAAUAUGCUGGCUGUUGCUCUCGGAACUAGUGUUUACCUGUGGAAUGCCGACAGUGGUGCAAUCGAUCAACUUCUUGAUUUAGAAGGUGCCGAUUACGUCACCUCCCUAAGCUGGGUUCCUAAUGGAAAUUUGUUGGCCGUUGGAACCGCUUUAGGACCUGUACAAUUAUGGGAUGCCUCACAAACAAAGAGACUGCGUGUAAUGAAUAGUCACAGUUCUAGAGUUGGUGCCAUGUCAUGGAAUACACAUAUUCUUACGACUGGUUCUAGAAAUGGACAACUCGUUAACAACGAUGUUCGACAAAGAGAUCAUGUCAUAGGCACAAUCCAAUCCCAUACACAAGAGGUCUGUGGUUUAAAAUGGUCACCAGAUGGACGUUACCUCGCUAGCGGCGGCAACGAUAAUUUACUCAACAUAUACAGUGGCAUGCCUGGCCAAGCUACAUAUCAGGCCGAACCUAUUUACAGUUUCAGUCAACAUCAAGCUGCAGUCAAAGCUUUGGACUGGUGUCCGUGGCAAACAAACGUAUUGGCCAGUGGUGGCGGUACGGCUGACAGGCACAUACGGUUUUGGAACUGUAAUAACGGCCAAUGUAUCGACUCGGUAAAUGCUAAUUCACAGGUGUGCGCAAUACUGUGGUCAAAAACAUACAGGGAAUUAGUUUCCGCCCACGGUUUCGCUAACAAUCAACUUACCAUCUGGAAGUAUCCAUCGAUGACAAAGGUUGCUGAACUGACAGGACACACGAAUCGUAUAUUGAAUCUUGCCAUGUCCCCUGACGGCUCGACAGUACUAUCUGCCGGAGCAGACGAAACAUUACGAAUGUGGAAAUGCUUUUUGCCAGACCCGAAAGUGAAAAAAGAACAGGAGAAGCGUUCUUCCCGACCCACAUUGUUAGGCCCUGGCUUACGAUGAUUAUUCAUAGUUUCAAUUCUUAUAAAUACUUGUGUUACAAUUUUGAAUUAUUUUUAUACCUUAUCAAAAUCUUUUUUUUUCCCGUCUAAUUUUACUUUUGUCUUAACAUUUUCCUAUUUUUUCUCAAUGUAAUAUUCUUAGUACAAGUAUUCUUAAGAAAGUCUUUCAAUGACCACAUUUAACAGUCUUGUUAAAAUGUACUAAUAGCUUUUUGACAAAAAACAAAAAAUGACUAUACUUAUUGA